AUGCCUGGUCCUCCUCCUCCGCCGCCUCCGCCACCGCCGUCUCUGGGUCCAAAACCUGUUUCAAAACCUUCAUCUGCUCCUUCAGCUACUGCAGGGAGAUCGGCCUUGCUCUCCGAUAUCCAAAAAGGAACAAGGCUCAAAAAAACUGUCACCAAUGAUCGAUCAGCACCGAUUGUCGGUGGAAAGACGGCAAAUGCUCAACGGGAAGAGCCCGCAAACCCUUCAGGGGGGAAUGAUGUUAAGCCGAAAAUGGCCACCGCUGGAUUAGGCGCUCUGUUUGCUAAUGGAGUUCCACGAAGACCAAGUGAAGCCAAGGCUAUGAAAGCUGCUGGUAUGUUUAUCUAUUUUAUGCAUUUAUGUUGUUAGUGUUUCCUGACGGGCAAGAAAUUUUAGUUACGUCUGCUCCAACUCCGACUCGUGGUCCCGAACCUCCAUCAAUGAAUAAACCUACGCCUCCAAAACUGCCGGGGUAGGUUGACAGUUUCUUAUGUAUAUUUACAAUUUAGUGCUUCUUCUACGCCAGCAGCUCCAGCGCCACCUUCAAGUAGGCUGAAGCCUGUGAUCGCAAACAGCGCUCCAGUUCCUCCACUGCCAAAACCCGAACCCAAAGCCCCGACCACACCCAUAUCACACAUUCCCACUUCAUUUCCGGCCAUCCAGCACCAAUCGCCAGUCCAAUUUCGAUCAAAUGCUGAGGUGAAAUCUUCAGAGGUGAGUUUUCAUCCAUAUAUUUAUAUAUAGCUAUAUAUUGUAUAUAUUUUUUUGGAUAACGUGUUUAUUUAAGGCUUCUCGUCCUAUUCACCGACCCGGAGCUCCACCCCCUCCACCUCCAAAAGUCCCACCAAGCAAUAAUCAUGCUCCGAGAGCUACUCCUUUCCAUGAGGCGAAUCCUUUACCUGUUCGGCCCGCGCCACCAGUCCCGAAGAGUACUCCUGUUGAAGCAAAGGAUGCUCCUCCUCCACCACCACCGCCCAGAAUAGCAUCUUUCAUCGACUCAAAUGAACAUCGGUUCCAUUUCAUUCCCAUACACGACCUUCCCCCGCCACAGAUGUUCACUGGGUUCCAUAAAGAAUACCAAAAUAACUAUCGUCCUUCGCCAACUGCUUCAUACUAA